AUUCUGCUAAUCGCCAUUUACCAUCACAUCAUGAUGUGCCUCGAAAUGGCCUCGAGGCAACGAGUCUCGGUUUGAUCCUAACCCGCGUCAGAAUUGGCUUUUCCUAUAUGUACACCUAUUUCCCCCUCGCGACUUUUCCCAAGUUGCCAUGUCCCAACCCUGCGUGCUGCAGCCUGAGGCCGUGGCGGUGGUACAUCGCCCUGCCGCAUUGCGCGAACGCGCAGGACAACCAUUAAGUACUACACCUGCACUCGUAGGAUAUCCAACAUCUCUCCAUGCUUCUCGUCCAUUACGCUCUUCUCCUCUUGCCGGGCCAGCAUUCUCUAGUAAUACAUCCAUCGUAUCUUUAGAGUCAAGUCAGUCACAAUGCCCAAGUGCUUUGAGCAUAGACUUCGGUCCAUAUUCGCGCUCGCAGCCGUCAUCUAUCUUCUCUCACACUGGUUCUAUUUCUGCGACCACCUCUUCGCAUGCCCACCGCGCCCCCGGACCCUUAGCUGGACCGUCAAAGAGCGUUGGCGCUAUUCCUACCCUCGGCCUAGACGCUCGCCCGUAUUCGCGCUCGCCACCCCCAUCUGUCAUUUCUCAUACUGGUUCUUAUUCUGCCAGCUCAUCUUCCUACUCCUCGCACGCGCACCGUGCUCCCACAACGGGACUACCCAAGAGCACUAGCGCCAUUCCUACACUUAGUCUCUUCCGACGGCAGGCCAAGGAUGAACCAGCGACGCCACCUCCUACCCAAGCACCAUUCGGGCAUAGUCGCUCAGCAUCUUUUCCAUGCCAAACAGUUCCCCUGCCAGCUCAUGUCCCACAAGCCUACUCACCGAGUGCUGCUCGCCCAACCUCCCAAAAGCCCUCAGUGUCCCGAAAUCCGAAUGAUAACUGGAUGUCAUCUACUCCAUUUGGUCCUGCGUCUACGCCCCGCUUUUCCAGGCAAUCGAUGUCGUCACAACCAGUCGUGAUGCCCCUGAGUGCCAGGGAAUACCGCAGACGAAAAUGCACCAGCACAAUGAUAAACACGGUAUAUCCGGCCACAUCUGGCUCACCGGUCACCGAGGGCAUGGGCAAGGAAGGUGUAAAUUCUCUACCUCAUAUCAUAGUCUCCGACUCUGAGGCCUCCGGUCCUUCUCCUUCCAUUCACCCACCCGGAAAUAGGCCUUCCAGGCGUGCCUCGCUGCCGUCGUCACGAGUCUCCCAUACAUCUCUCCCCCCGGGUUCUCGGGAACCCGCAUUGUCCGAGAAAAGUUCGAUCAGCACCUUCUUUUCAUUAUCAUCCGAGAACGAGGCAGAAAAUGCCGAUGUAACACCGCGCCGGAGGAAGUCUUAUCCCACCCCUUCCCAGCGUCAUUCACGCAUCAGUCUCGUGGAUGCUGUGAAUCGCCUUUCGCAAAUGAGCGGGGCAAGUGGGGAUACCGUGUUUUUCGAUAUGGAUGACGGUCACAGCCCUCGUCAGAGACAAAUCUCUGUGACGGAAGAUGACGGAGUACUCAGAAGGGCGAGCUCGAGAAGGAAGAAAUUAAAGAAAUUCAAUGCACCUUCCCGCGAACCGGUAAUGGCGGACGCCGCAGCAGAACGCACUGCACCACAGGAACGUACUCGAGUGGUCAGGAUUCUGGAAGCCAACGAAGUUUCCUCUACCCCCAUGCUUGACAGCCGGUUUUCCGACUCAUCCCAUGACCGUGGAGAACUUGUCUCCGGUGACAUAUCCACUGAGCGGGCCGCAUCUGAAUCGAAAAUGGACUCGAAGGCGCCAGGCACUUCUUCAGCCGAGGCACAACCCAGACCUCGCAGGAAACUUACCAAAUCUCGAACACAAUCUGUUCAGGUACCACCUGCACGAUUGGCUUCCCCGUCAUUACCCUGGAUACCUCGCCCUCCUUCGCCGUUCUUCAGGGGUAGUGCAAAACAGAACACGCCAAAUGUUUCCACAUUGGAUAUGACGCUCCAGGAAAAUAUUCCGCAGACCGAAGAGAUAGGAGAUAACGAAAAGGAGAAUAAUCGCCGAAGCCGUCGAAUGACGUUCCAGUUCAUUCCCUCCCCCUCCUUUCACAAGCGACCCAAGUCGGCUUCUGGCAUUGCUCCAAGCCUUGACUUGAAGUCUCCCAUGAGGAAUGACACACAGCAACGGAUGCCUAAACCUGAUUCCCGGUGCGGGACAGAUAGCGCAUUAAGUAGCCUCACAGUGUAUCCUCAAGUGCGGGAAACUCUACUUCGAGCUUGACUGAUGGCAGUAGCACGACAAUGGGAUCACGGGACACUGGCGCUACUUCUAUCAAUGCUCCAAGCCUCCAAACCGCUUCUCGUGGCGCAGAGUAUUCCCACCCUAAAGUCCCGUCGAAUCUGAAGCAGAGCAUAGUAGCACAGUGGAGCAGUGACGCUGACAGCGACC